UGAGGGAAGAAAAAGAGGGGGAUGUUGUAGAGGAGGAGAGUCUGAGAAACUACUUAAAACGGUGAGAACUGCACACAGUUGUGAGCACGCAGUUGAAGCAGUCACAGUGGGAACAGAAGACGGAGUGAAAGCAGACUUAUCCAUCAUCAUUGAGCAGAGAUGGCGUCACUACACAGGAUUCUGGCUGCACUUCUCUUUUUUGUCCUGCCUCUUAUGCGCUUCCAUCUUUUCAGUCAUGCUGCCUCUACUUCCUUACCCACCACCCGUCAACAGAUCAUAUUCUUGACUGGCUUGGGCUUUGAACAUGAAUAUGAAGAUGAAUAUGGAGAUGAAUAUAACGGUCAAACCUCUCUUCCUGAGGUGCCGCUAUCCUCUGUGAAGACUCCACUUUUACACCAGGAACGCAAAUUCUGCCAGUACAACUUAUGCUUGGAGAAUCAGGAGCCCUGUCAUAGUCUUGCAGAAAAGAAUAACUGCCUCUGUCCUGGGAUGAGUGGAUCUGAUGAACCUCCUCACGCACCACGUAUUCAAGCAUUACUGCCAGUCAGUCAAGGGGAUAACAUAGGGAAGAUAGAGGUGCAGUGGUGUGCUCCAGCCUCUUUGGUGUCUUCUUACAGGGUGAUGGUUGAAGGAAAAAACAGUGAUACCUUGGAGUUUGGGAAUAAUUUGCGACGAGGUUUGGUGGGCUUUUUGGAGGUGGGUACUAAGGUGUGUGUGGAAGCAGUAAACAAUGCAGGGCCCAGCAGUCCCUCAGAGUUCUCCUGUAAGCGGUAUGAGCAUCCUGAAUCAUCUGACCAUAAACUAUUGGCCUGGGUCAUAGGAGGAGGAAUUGCCCUAUUUCUGUUUCUUGUCAUAGCGGCUGUGAUUCUCUGGAAGCAUCUCCAGCAUCAAAACGCAAAGAGAAACUCAUCUGAUGGACUAGGGAACCCCUCUUACAAGACAGAGGGAAUACUGUAAUCCAGACAAUCCAGUAAGGACCAUUCAUUCCAGUCAAAUAGAAAAAAGCUCACUGAUCUGUGAGACAGAGUAAUAAUGAACAAUAGACCAAUA